AUGCUUCGACAUAUUAUAAAUAGAGGAAUACACACAACAUCAAAGAUACAAAGGGUAUGAUUGACUAGAAGUUCGUAAAAAUCAGAUUAUUUCAGGAUAUUUCACGAAUUCCACUUUCCGAACCUUUAACAAUUUCAUCAGUUAUCAAAGAGUCUUCCAAUAAUCAUGAUUUUAAAAGAGAAUCAAGAGUUACACGAUUAAGUAAUGGAAUUCGAGUUUGUACUGAGCCAAGCUACGGUCAAUUCGUUACAAUUGGCGCUGGAAUCGAGAGCGGGUGUCGAUUCGAAAAUGGAUUUCCACCAGGAACAUCAAGAAUUGUUGAAAAAUUAGCAUUUUCUGUAAGUUUUCAGAUUUUUUUCUCUUUUAAAUAAAUAAAAUUCAUGCAGUCUUCAUUGAAUUUCUCGGAUCGAGACGAAAUUCUCAAUAUAAUUCAAGAAACGAGUGGAAUUGUUGAUUGUCAAAGUACUCGAGACACAUUUAUGUAUGCUGCAAGUUGUCAUAAAAAUGGAGUAGAUAAGAUAACUCAAAUUAUUUCUGAUUCAAUUUUAAAGCCAAUUUUUACUGAAGGAGAGUUGGAAUUUGCUAAGAAGAAUAUUGAAUUUGAAAAUCUUGAUCUUCCUGAGAAAAUCGAAGCAAUCGAAAUCCUCCUAAACGAUUACAUUCAUCAAGCAGCAUUUCAACAUAAUACAUUAGGAUAUCCAAAAUUCAAUGAAACAUCGGCCACAGACAAAGUAACACUAAAAGAUAUCUAUGGAUAUUUGAGUCGAGUUCACACUCCAGAAAGAAUUGUAGUCGGUGGAAUUGGUGUGGAUCAUGAUGAAUUUGUUGCAUCUGUUGAGAAGCAUUUCAAUGUAGAACAAUCUACUUGGAAAGUACUUUCAGAUGUUGUUCGUCCAAAUGUUCCAGAAUUAGAUCAAUCAUUAGCACAGUAUACUGGAGGAGAAUUGCGGGUUGAGCGAGAUUUGACGAAAUUAACCAUUGGAAAACCAUAUCCAAAUUUAGCGCAUGUUGUUAUUGGAUUCGAAGGAUGCAGUUACAAGUUAGUGGAACUUUAAGAAUUCCCAUUCCCAAAAAAAGUUUUUUUCAGAGACGAUGAUUUUGUAGCCUUCUGUGUACUCCAAUCUUUAUUAGGAGGUGGAAAUGCAUUUUCAGCCGGUGGACCUGGAAAAGGAAUGUAUUCUCGAAUGUAUUCUGAAGUUAUGUAUAGACAUCAUUGGAUGUAUACAGCAAUUGCCAAUAAUUAUUCAUAUAGAGAUUCUGGAUUAUUUACAGUUACCGGAAGUUGUGAUCCUGAAGCGGUAAGUUUUGGAUUUUUUUCUAUAAAAAAAUAUGAAAAUUUUUCCCUCCAGAUAAACCACGCAUUAAUCGUACUUAUCCAUGAACUUCUUCGAAUUCCACAAGGAGCUGAUAAACAGGAAUUGGAAAGAGCAAAAGCGCAAUUGAAAUCUCAACUUAUGAUGAAUUUGGAAAUUCGACCGGUUUUGUUUGAGGAUAUGGUUAGACAGUAUUUGGGACAUGAUGAGAGAAGAUCUCCAGAAGAAUAUGCGGAGAAAAUUGGUAAGGGCUUAAAAUCUAAAAAUGUUAACUUUCAGUUUUAAGAAAAUCUGAAAUUUUGGUGAAAAUUAAGAAGAGAGAGCCCGAAAAUGAGCCAAAAAUUGAGAAUUUUCUGAAAAUUGCGUGAUUUUCUGACCAAAAAAUUAUGACCGUACCAAAUCGACCUUCCAUUCGCCCUGUAUUCAGUUUUUGAUUAAAAAAAAACGCAAUUUUCUGAAAAUUCUCGACAUUUGGCUCAUUUUUGAGCACCUGAGGGCAAAAACUGAGAGCAGGAUAUUUCUCAGCGUGAAAAACUGUACAAAAAUCUUCUGAUUUUUGAAAAAUGAAUUUUCAAUUUCCACGUCACUUUUUCACGUUCACGUUCACGUUUAAAAUUCCAAUUUAUUUUCAAGUAUUUAUUUUUUUUCCAAAAUCUAUUGUUUCAACCAGGGUUCCGAACCGAUUCUGAAUUUUCGGUUUGGGUCGGGUCAAACCGAAAAAAACCCACCCAAAACCACCCACUUAUACCCAGUUCUAAAAUAGAACUACCCAGAACCGAACCCGAAAAAACAGUUCUGGUUCAGACUCGACCCAAACCCGACUCGAACCAGACCCACCCAGAACCAAACCCAUUUUUGGAGAACCAAGCCAGACCCAGACUCAAUGGAUCAGACUCGGGUAAGACCCAAACUCAUUCGAGAAUCAAAAAUACCCACCCGAACCAAUUCAACCCAAAUCCAACUCAAAUCCAAACCAUGUGGACUCGGGUACCCGGGUAAAAAUGGUUCUGAAAAAACAAUUCAAAAUUAUUCGAUAAUAAAAUAAUUCACCAGUUUUUAAAUUUUUUAAACCAUAACUAGCGGGUAUAGGAAAAACAUUUCAGUUUUUGUUGAAUUUUUUCAACGAGAAUCAAAAUUUCGGUUUUUGUUGAAUUUUUUCAACGAAAAAAUGUGUAAAUCUGGAAGAGCUUCCAGUUUUACAAAUCCAUCAUUUUCGAGCCAAUUUUCAUGAUUUCAGUCUAAAAUUGAUUGAAAUUCAUUUAGUGGGCAUCAUUCGAGUAAUAUUCAAAGAAAGCGUUUGAAAAAUAGUUGAAUAGCCGAUCAAUGAAAAUAAAUGUUUCGAUAACUGGUGAAUUAUUUUAUUAUCGAAUAAUUUUGAAUUGUUUUUUCAGAACCAUUUUUUACCCGGGUACCCGAGUCCACAUGGUUUGGAUUUGAGUUGGAUUUGGGUUGAAUUGGUUCGGGUGGGUAUUUUUGAUUCUCGAAUGAGUUUGGGUCUUACCCGAGUCUGAUCCAUUGAGUCUGGGUCUGGCUUGGUUCUCCAAAAAUGGGUUUGGUUCUGGGUGGGUCUGGUUCGAGUCGGGUUUGGGUCGAGUCUGAACCAGAACUGUUUUUUUGGGUUCCGUUCUGGGUAGUUCAUCCAUUUGUUUGUUCUGGAUCUGGGUCCAACCCACUCGAACCAGACCCGAUCUGCCCCAAGAACCGACCCAGUUCGGAACCCUGGUUUCAACUUUCAAAAUGAGAUUUCAUAUAAUCAUUUAUUUUUGUGUUUUUUGCUCAUUCGGACGUAAAUUCAAAUUUAUCUGAUCUGACUUUUUUAUUUUCAAAAUAAAAUAAAAUUCAAUUAUUCAAAUUUUCAGCCAAAGUUACAAAUAAGGAUAUAAUUCGAGUGGCCGAAAGAAUGUUAUCAACAAAACCAUCUUUGGUCGGAUAUGGAGAUUUGAGGAAAUUAUCGGUGAGUUUUUUCAGAGUUCCUAAUUAAUUUUUUAAUUUUUCUAAAUUAAUUAUCUCUAGAAAUACAAUUUGGUGGAUCAGGCAAUUGCUACAAGAUCAGUUAGAAAAUUGUAUGAAGAAAUCUCGUAA